AUGGCGCCGCCGCCGCAGCCGCAGAAGCAGCAGGCGCCGCCGCCGCCACAGGUGUCGGUACAGCACGUGGGCAGGGCGUCCUCGGACGAGCUCCUCCGCAAGUUCGCAGACCCGGAUGCGAGCCGCCCCGCCGCCACCCCGCCGCCCCGCAGCCUCGCGCUGCGCCGCAAGCGCUCGUCCCGCCGCGUGGCGUCGGGGCUCUCCGCGCGGGACUCCGACGCGUCGGCGGCGGCCGCGGGCUUCACGGGGGUGGAGCUGGCGCCGCCCAAGCGGCGGCGGAGCAUCGGCGGGUCCGCCGAUUGGAGGGCCGGCCUGCUCCUGCCCACCUCCACGCCCGCCGCCUCCGCAAGGAAGGCCCAGGCACGCCGCGCACGCGCCGACGCCGCCGCGGGCAUCGGCCUCCUCCUCGCCGCGCUGGAGCGGACGUGGAGGAAGACGGUGGCGGGGGCGUCCAAGAUGUUCGUGGAGAGGCACCGGACCAACCACGUCCUGCUCAUCAGCGACAUGGUCUGA